AUGUCGGUGGGAUCAAGAGGAAUACCAGGAACAUAUGGAAGUUUAAUAAAUCCUCCAGUGCGCUCCUACCUUCAGAUGGUUGAAGAGGUACAGAAGUGGUUCUGUAAAUAUGACGGUGGUAAGGAUCCACUAGGUUUCAUCGAUCACAUAGAGGAACUGGCGGCUAUGUACAGUAUCGAUGUUAAUCUAAUUCCCAAGAUGAUGCCAAUACUCUUUGAAGAUAAAGCAUUAAGAUGGUACCGCAACAACCAGAAACCUUGGCCCCUCUGGUCAAGCUUCAAGGAAGAUUUCUUAAAAUUCUUCAAAUCAUGUAGAUAUUUCGAAAACUUAGAAAAUGAGUUUGAAUUGUUACCAACCAUGAGCAGCGAAAAAUUACUGAAAAAAAAACAAGUUGUGUGGCCGCUCGAGGCGGAAAACAUUUUGUGUGAACUUUGGGAGGAAGAUAUAGAAAACCUCCGUGGCAAUAGGAGAAAUAGCCACAUUUAUAAAGAAUUUCAACAAAAGCUUUCAUUGCGUGGAAUGGAGGUGUCGGUUAAAGGAAUUUCGAACAAAAUAAAUAACUUGACGAGCAAGUAUAAAAAAGAAAAGGCAGCGAUGGGCAUGUCGGGUGGAUCUCCAUCUACUUGGCCGCUGUACCAUAAGGUACAUGCCAUAUUAGGCAGUUUUAAAAUCCACAACGUCGAAACAUUGAUGGAUGAAACUGGACACGAAGAUAACGUUUCAAACAUUACUUCAUUGGCCGAGCCAGCAGUUUUGGAAUCAAAUGAAGACACAAGUUUUUGUCCAUUGUUCGAGUCAGUUGAUUUUCUUUAUGACGCAGACGCAGCUUCUCCACUGCAGCAACUUAACUCUUCAACAGAUACAAAUUCCACUGCUGCGGUUGAAACAACAUCUUUUGGAGCAUCUGCAAAGAGAAGAAAAACAGACAGCAUUUUACAGGAGUUACAAUUAAUGAGGGAGGAAGAUAAGAGAAAUGAGAGUAACUGGCAGCGUAUUGAAGAGCGGCGAAACGAUUUGCUGGAGAGAUUGGUCAAUAACUGUGAAAACUACCAGCAAUCUUUAUUAGAAGUUUUAAAUAAAAAAUAAUAAUAAAUAAUUAUAGUAUAGUAAGCAUAGCACUGCUAGCA